GUUUCAGAUCGCUAUUGUUCACUUUCUGCUGCGAGUUCUUUCUGAUGUUUAAACAACACGUGAGAGUGUCUAUCGAGUCAGUAACAGUUGCAUCAAUAUUUAGAAUAUAUUUUUUGAUCCUGCAUCAAAUUGCAAGUAUGAUCAGUGUAGAAAAUAAUCAGAUCAACGAUGUUAGCGCUACACGUUCAGAAGGCGUCAACAUGGAGGAAGUUAUUACUAUCCUAAGAAGCAUUAUUGUAAGCCGUAGUAAAGAAGGAGCUACUAUCGAUGAAAUUAUUGAUGACUACAAGGACCACACCGGGGAAAGCCUUCUAUCGACAUAUCGCGAUCGUGACAUAGUUGCGGCACAAUUGCGCCAAAUAGAAGGUGUUUGGUCAACUUUCGCUGCACCCAACGGACCGUACCUAUGGUAUUGUAACACGAGAAGGACGCAACAUCUCACUGAUAUGAUCAAGAAACAAAAGUCACCACGCAUUAGUAAUAGGAAAUACCAAAACUCACGAUACCAGAUUCCCAGUACACCAUACAGUACUAGCACAAAGGUCAGCGGGUCUGAUCAGAGGGAGAAGUUUUUUGAGGACAAUAUGAAUUUUAUUCCUAAACGGAAUGCAUGGAGUCGUGUUCAAGUGCGCGUUGCUCCGUAUUUGCCACCUCAACGACGACAAUUACAUCAAGGAAAGCAAAUGACACAGAGAAGAUACUACUCCAAUGUGCCGAACAUGGGACCCAAUUUUUGCGGGUACCAAAUGGUCGGAGACGACUUUUUCCUUUCGCUAGCCAGAUGGGAAUUGGGAUUUGAUUUUGACCCGGGACAUUCUAUCCAGCAAAGUGGUCUCUGCAUUUCCGGUUUGACGAUUGCAGAAGCGGCAGACCGAGUUUUAAAGGCCACUUAUAUUAACGAACGGGUCAUAGUUAAUAUAGGUGCAGUGGACCUAUUGCACGGGUAUGAUUUUGUCGAUAUGCAGCAUGAUCUGUUUCAGUUGAUGAAAAAUUUGGAAAUACGCGGUGCAUCUGUGAUACUGACUACUAUAUCACCGAUGGCCAACAGCUCACACAUACCGGGCAUUAUUGAUAGGUUACAAAAGUUCAAUAGUCUGGUUCGUAGACACCACUGGAAACACAUAGACUUAUGGCAAUGUUUCGUCAACGAAAAAGGUAAUACUUUAUAUGAAUGCUUCCAGCCGGGACCAAGGCAUGUUAGUGGCAGUAAUCAACCUCAUGUACUCUGGAAUAAACUCGGCCGGCAACGAAUCAUAAAGUUUUUGAAACAGCAUCUCGCAGCAUUCAUUUGAAAUCAUAACAGCAUAGUUUGAAGAGGAUGUUAUAGCGUACUAAUUUUAAUCUGUGUUGGUUGUUGUAAUUUGUCAAGUGUAUUUAUAAUUGUUUAAUGUUUGUGAGCUCUUAAAAAUAAUCUUUAUCGUUCGGAUUGUACACUCAUUGCUGGUAUUGUGAAUCCUCAAACACUUUUCGACGAAAUUUUUUUUCAACGGCAGUUGAGACUAUUUUUCGAAAAUUAAACUCAUUCUGUUAAUUUCUUUAUUGCCAGAUAGAGAGAUUAACUGAAUCGAGUUUUUAAUAGAUCAUAUCAGCCAUCAAAUCAUGCAAAGUCACUGGCAAAUACAUAAUUUUUGUUGGCUUCCAAUUUACUCCACUGGGUUACCGGUCCCCAUUGGAAGAUAAGCAGGAUAUUAUGAUAAAUCUAUAUUUUGGAGAUUCACAACACUAACAAUAUAUCAAAAUGACAAUUGCUUCAUUUGUACUCAAUAUGAAGCAUUUGUCAAACAGGUCGCUUAGUCAUAGAAAAUAUUAACAAAUUGUACUAUCGUAGAUCUAUUUUUUAUACAGUAAGAGAUUAUAUAUUUACAAAUUUGAACAUUGAUAUGAUGAUGCCAAAAAUGUUAAGAGUUUAUGUUUUGUAUUUGUGAUAUGUAAUU